ACCCGCAGCUCUGCGCUGAGGUAAAAUGGCGUCUCCGCUGUGGUGUCGGUUUGCGAGACUGUCUCGUAAUAUCGGUGUGUUUCCGCGGACAGCGGUGUGUGAGAGCUCGGGAACGGGGCGGACACAGUGCCGGACCGCUGUGUGCACCUCCAGCGGCGCCAUUCUGCCCAAACCCAAGAAGACGGCAUUUGGCAUGUUAAGGAUCUCUGUGGUCGUGAUCCCCUUCCUGUACAUCGGUACUCUGAUCAGUAAAAACUUCGCUGCUCUGCUGGAGGAGCACGACAUCUUCGUCCCUGAGGAUGAUGAUGAUGAUGAUUAAACACACACACAGAUGUGUAAGUCUGCGGUACUCUUCCUGGACGUCGGAGAACAUUUCAGAUCCCAUGGCGUGUCCGGUUCAUCUCUAACACUGUAGUGUGUGUGUGUGUGUGUGUGUGUGUUUGUGUUUACAGAGCUGUGUGUGAAACCUGAACAGCUCCUCCUGUCUGCAUGCACUGUAUAAAUAGUAAUAAACCAAAACACUGGAGGAAACUCGACUUGUGUGUGUGUGUGUGUGUGUGUGUGUGUUUGUAUGGUAUUGAGUAAAGAGUCGUUCGUAGGGGUCAAAGGUGACAGCUUUUUUGUAAGUAUGAUGUACUGAUGAUGAUGAGACUCAGUUAAUAUCACACUACCUGGACAUGAGCUACGUGACUAAACUUUUAUCAGAGUGUAAAAUUAUGAGCAGCACUAGGGGGCGCUGAAGGUUGUAGCUACAUUUAGCUAAAAUUAGACCUUAUUUACAUUCAGGAGCCUGAAAUAUGUCAGAUUAUGUCACAUCUGCACACUGUUGGAUUUUAAUGAGCUCUUUAUGGUCACUACACCUUAUUUUUGUUUACUAUAAUAGUAGUAGUGCAGCUGUGGCUCAGGUGGUAGAGCGGGUUGUCCACUAAUCGUA